AUGAGUGAAGAAGGUAUUGACAUAGCUAGUGUUAUAAAUGACUUAAGAAGAUGUGUUGUUGUUAUUGACGGAGCACGUAUGACAUAUCUAGUGAAAGAUUAUGAUGGAAUACGAGACACAACAACACUUGUGUCAGUAGAUAGCAAGGAAUUCAAUAAGCUCAUGAAGAGUGUUUAUGUAGGACGUAUUGAGGAGAAGGAUGUGAACGCACUGAUGAUUUAUGAAGCGGGUCAGAACAAGAACUAUCUUAUGAAGUCAGGCAUGAGAUUCUUUGACGAAAGAGAUGACAUUUACAGCUAUUUCAGAGGAUAUGAGUAUGAGGUACUGAAUGAAGUAGAUGAAAGCGUUAUUGAAGGAUAUUUGAAACAUGUUCACGAUGUCAUAUGUAAUGAGGAUGAAGAGCUUUAUGAGUAUGUUUUGAACUGGUUCGCCUACAUCGUUCAAAAUCCUUGUGGAAAGACUGGAACAGUACUUUUGUUAAUAGGAAAGCAAGGAACUGGUAAGAAUGUACUUAGUAAUGUUCUAUGCGAGCUCAUUAGCAAGUACGCCAACAAUAAUAUAACGGCAAUAGAGAAUGUGGUUGGUAGAUUCAAUGCUGCUAUUGAGAACAUGAAGCUCAUCGUAUGCAAUGAACUAAGCUCAUGCGAUACGUCUAAGGUCAUGAACCACGACGCACUAAAGUCAAUAGUAACAGAGACUCAGUUGGACUUAAAUCAGAAGUGUCAGCCAGUAAGAAAGAUAGAGAAUGUUUGUAAUAUCAUCAUGAUAUCUAACAACUUCAACUCAGUAAAGAUUGAUAAAGACGACAGAAGAUUUGUUGUCAUUGACGUAAGCAGCAGAUACAAAGGAAAUUACGAAUAUUUCUCAAAUCUCAUUGAAAGCUUUAAUGAAGAGUUUUAUUCAAACUUACUGACGUACUUCAUGAAGAAAGAUUUAAGUGAAUUUGAUGUAAGGAAGAUACCAUUCACCAGGGCUAAACAAGAACUCAUCGAAAUGAACAAAACACCUUACCAAAUGUUUUACGAGGAGUUCUAUGAAAAGUUUGUAUCCGGAUGGAAUUGUACAGAGUGCUACAGAAGAUAUAAAGAAUUUGCGAAGGAGAAUGAAUUCUUUGCAUGUAGUUCAAAUGUAUUUGGUGGCAAGAUGAGAGAAUUUGUGAAGAGAAGUAGAAAGCGAGACGGUUCUGCAAGAAGUUAUAUUUACGAAGCAAGUAUGAUAUUAGAAGGUCGUGGAAAGAAAGAAACAGUGAAUUAUGAGGAAGUGCUUGAAAAAUUCAUGGAGUACAUGGGAAGCAAUAUAACAUACAACAAAGACAUAUACAGUGAGUUUAAGUACUACUGUGAACAGCAUGAGAUUGAAGUAAUGAGUAAAGGAGACUUUGAAACGCUUAUGAAAGACAGUAAGGAGGUCGUUCAUGAGAACAGUGUUGAAAUAGUUCAUGAGAACAGUGAAGAGGUCAUACAUGAAUGCAAUGAUGAAAUAGUUCACAAGAACAGUGAGGAGGUCAUACAUGAAUGCAAUGAUGAAAUAGUUCAUGAGAACAGUGAAGAGGUCAUACAUGAAUGCAAUGAUGAAAUAGUUCAUGAGAACAGUGAAGAGGUCAUACAUGAAUGCAAUGAUGAAAUAGUUCAUGAGAACAGUGAGGAGGUCAUACAUGAGAACAGUGUUGAAAUAGUUCAUGAGAACAGUAAGGAGGUCAUACAUGAAUGCAAUGAUGAAAUAGUUCACGAUGUCGUUCGUGAAGAAGCCAUUGCAACAAAGAAUGAGAUAAAGGAUUUCAUAGAACUUAACAAGGAGGAGUUUAAAGAAGGCUAUGAAGUGAAAAGAUGUGAAGAAGAUUUCUUGGCGUAUUUGAAGAAAAAGAGACUAAAGCCAAUGGCUCAAAAUAAGUUUCAAUCGAUGUUUGAAAAGAAACGUUUGAGCUAUGGUGGUGUAAGAAGCACAUAUUACUUUGUUAAGAAGUGA